UCUACUACAACGCAUAGUCUGCAACGCUGCUCGGUUCGGUAUAUACACGGUUCGAAAGGCAGCCAUAAGCAAAAGUGAUUUUUCUGUAGAGCCACACGAAUGUAAAGUUGUGUAGUUUUCGUUACAUUUAAUCAUAUUAGUUAAAUUUUCUUCCGUAAACAAAAACCAAAUUUCAAUGUUUAUGAUCGGAAUAGCGGUGCUGUUUGGUGAAUAGCCCAAAAGUGACGUUGUGGCAGCAGUUGUCGAUAAUUCGCGUAAAGAACCGCUCCCAAUUUGCUGUCUGGUCGAGAAGUGAAAUUCUUUCGCGUACCGUUUUGUAUGUAUAUUGUAGUGCGGGAAAAAAACGACAAUGGAAUUUAGCAUUUCGCUAGUUACAUCGCAAGGUGCUUGAUUUUUACGAGAUGGAUGUGGAAACGUUCCCUAAUUCACCGAGGAAGUUGUGAUGGCAAUGCGAACAGAUUAGCGUUUUUCAGCAAACUUCGGAUGACCCCGUUUAAAUAGUAACAAAGAAUCCACACCACAUCCCCUUCCAUGAAUUUUUAAAUUCAUCCCCGGGAGAAGAACACACUUCCAUAUCCUUGUUCCUUUCCCGUUCGAUCUUCGAAUAAAUUUUCGCUAGUGUUAAUUCGAUUCUAUCCGCUAACCCAAACCCCGCGAGAAAGGAAAGAUUCACCGCGUCGGAAGCGUCGUUGUGAAAACAAGCGCUGAAGAAAAGAAAGUUCAGCGAUUCAGUGUAAGCAAAUCCAGCUAGCGAAAGGCAGGCAGACGGAGAGCAAUUUGUGGUUUGUUGUGCGCUGUUCUAUUUUCCGCCUCGUUGGCACAUACGAGAAGCAGAAAGAAAGCUGGAAAUAAAGGUGGCUCUCGUGGACGAGUAGGUGGACCCGUCCGCGGAUCUACAGAACGAACAAAUCAUCACAAUCAGAGAAACACUGGAAUCUCUUUACGGAAUCUCUCUGAUCCAAGUCGGAACGACGACAGCCAAUCCCAGAAUCCCAGAACCUACUACCAGUCUAAUCAUUUACAUUUAUGAGUUAAAGUGUAUAACCUUUUACGAUACACUAUACCUACAAUAACGCAAGAGCAUUAACCAUGGCUGGACCAGAAAUCACCUUCAUCUUCCAAUUCGGUAAUCUGCGGGACAUUGUAACCGUGUCCAGUCAGGCGCUGACAUUGAAAAAGCUCAAGGAUCUAGCCUGUGAUUUUAUCAAUACUAAGAUACCAGAGAACGGUCUGAACCGCCUUCCAGAUCGUUUGCUACUGUUUCGACAUGACUACAGCUCACCCAACGUGCUCCAGAUGAUUAAUUCCGCUUCCGAGAUUGUGGACGAAACGCUCGUUGAGGUCGUGCUCACCGCCAACCCUGUCAGCGCUCCGGGGGUGGACGAUAUUCCUCUCGUGCGGCCACAUGCCCUCGCCGUGCACUCGUACAAAGCACCCACAUUUUGCGAUUUUUGCGGUGAGAUGCUGUUCGGUCUGGUUCGCCAAGGCCUCAAGUGUGAGGGAUGUGGCCAAAACUACCACAAGCGCUGUGUCAUCAAAGUGCCAAAUAACUGCAGCCGGGUGGAGCACACCGGUGCACUGUUGAACGUCGGCGGCAAUCGGCGUACGUCGGGAUCGCUGCAACCACCACGAAGUCCGUCUGCUGGAUCGAGCAGCUCGCUGAUGUCCGAUGACCAAGCCACCAGCGGAUCCGGCUCACUGCUGCUCAACGUAUCGAGCACCGGUUCCCAGGGUGCUGCCACGGGAAGCAUUCGUCAGAAUCGAUCUCCGUCGCUGGGCAGCCGCAGCGGUGCCGUCGGUAACAUAAGGAUACCUCAUAGUUUCUCCAUUCACACCUACACCCGUCCCACGGUUUGUCAGUAUUGUAAAAAGCUACUGCGGGGUUUGUUCAAGCAGGGCGUCCAGUGUCGGGACUGUCACUACAAUGCGCACAAGAAAUGUGUCGAGUUGGUGCCAAAAGAUUGCACAGGGGAAAAUACCCAGCCGGUGGAUCCACACGACGACCGAUGUUUGGUCGGCGAUCGGGGAAUGGUUUACAAAGAGGACCCCGGUGAUGAGAGCGACGUCGACGAGAGUACCUGCACUGGUGCAGUAAACAAUAACAAUAAUAGCAGUCAGCAGAAUCGGAACGUGAAUUUGAUCAACAGUGGACCACCGGUUAAAAUCAAUGGUCUCAUCUCGAACCUUCACGACGAUGAAUCGGCCGAAUGUGGGAAUCGUUUAGAAGUGAUCUGUGAACAAUCGCGGCAAUCAAGCGAUUCUUCGUCUUCCCCCAGUGCCAACAUACCACUGAUGAGAAUAGUUCAGUCAGUCAAACACACAAAAAGGCGCGAUGGUCGUGCCGUUAAGGAAGGUUGGUUGGUACAUUUUACCAACAAGGACAAAUCAGUAAAACGACACUACUGGCGAUUGGAUUCGAAGGCCAUCACGCUGUUUGUGUCAGACCAGGGCACCAAAUACUAUCGAGAAAUUCCAUUGAACGAAAUUCUAACAGUCGAUCCGGCGAGAAAUAUGCAGGGCGAGGUACUUCAUUGCUUCGAGAUUCGAACCGCCAACGUGGAUUAUUUUGUCGGGCAGGACCCGCUGUAUAAUCUCAAGGAAGGUGAUCCAAUGUUAUCGCUUCCGCCGCCUGACAGCGGAGUCGGAGCGUAUCUGGCGAAAAGUUGGGAAACUGCCAUCAAACAAGCGCUAAUGCCUGUGACAAGUACAAGAUCUGAAUCGAACAGUGGUGAACCGGAAGAGAAAGUUACGGAUAUGAGUCAAUUGUAUCAAAUAUUCCCCGACGAGGUGCUCGGUUCGGGUCAGUUUGGCAUCGUGUACGGUGGGCUUCAUCGGAAAACGCACCGCACGGUGGCUAUCAAAGUGAUCGAUAAGCUACGGUUCCCAACCAAGCAGGAAGCUCAGCUGAAAAACGAGGUCGCUAUCCUACAGAACCUAUCACAUGCCGGCGUUGUCAACCUGGAGCGAAUGUUCGAAACGCCAGAAAGAAUUUUUGUCGUAAUGGAAAAACUAAAAGGUGACAUGCUUGAAAUGAUUCUAUCGCAUCAGAACGGACGGUUGAGCGAAAGAGUCACCAAGUUUCUGAUCACGCAGAUCCUCGUUGCCCUUAAAUACUUGCACAGCAGAAACAUUGUACAUUGUGACUUGAAACCGGAGAAUGUGCUCCUUUCCUCCGAUAACGAGUUUCCUCAAGUGAAACUUUGCGACUUUGGCUUUGCUCGCAUUAUCGGUGAAAAGUCAUUCAGACGUUCGGUUGUUGGGACACCUGCAUAUUUAGCACCUGAAGUCCUCCGAAACAAAGGCUACAAUCGUUCGUUGGACAUGUGGAGCGUCGGAGUCAUCAUCUACGUGAGCUUGAGUGGCACAUUUCCGUUUAAUGAGGACGAAGAUAUCAACGAUCAGAUUCAAAACGCUGCCUUCAUGUAUCCGCCAAACCCGUGGAAGGAAAUUUCAUCUGACGCAAUCGAUCUCAUCAACAAUCUGCUUCAGGUAAAGCAACGGAAACGGUUCACCGUCGACAAAAGCCUGCUGCACUGUUGGCUACAAGAUCUGCAAACCUGGAACGACCUGAGGGCACUGGAGGUUCAGGUGGGUCUACGGUAUCUGACACACGAGUCGGACGAUGCACGCUGGGGUACGUCGCUGGUUGGCGGUGGCAUCCCUUGACCGGAAACGGUAGAAGCCUCGAACGGUGGCACUGCAAUUGCCGGCAAUUGCGGUGGCAGCAGCAGUAGCAACAGCACCUGCAGCAAUCAACCCUCGCCCAAGAUGAACGAUUUGCGCGGUAAAGCGUUCAAAUGGGUCCGGGGACGCCUGUGCCGGCUAAUUAAGGCCUAGGAAAUACCACCAGUAGAAUGUAGGUAUAUGGAUUUGCUUACACAAAAAGAGUGAGAUUCGCGAAGGAAGUUGUCUCCUUUGCAGCAUUUGCCCAUUAUAAGUUGGAGCGAACCGUUGUAUUGUAUUUGUAAUAAUAUGAAGUUAGUCGACUGAACUUGACACUCCCGAUGAAUUGAGUGAGUGCGAAAGUUCUAAAAAUAUUGUAAUUUCACAGUUCAAAUUUAGCGAGCAAAACUUUUAACUGCUCAUCGGUAGUUAAACCGUUUGAAUCAAUCAUAUACCCAUAGUAGACAUUUAAGUGACUGCAAAAAUAAAAAUUUUACGUGAACAAACAAAAAAACAACAAGUUAAAGGAAUUGAUAACCUUGGAUUCGCUAUACAGUCUAAUUUUCCUACUGCGAGUUUCACUUCAAACGCAUAGAUUAUUUUAACCAAUAUUGAAUACUGAACCUUGAAAACAAAAACAAAACAUCCAUCGGAACAUGUUAAAUUUAGUUUUCUUACAUUUAGACAAAAUCCGUGAAGAACUCACAGGUUAUUUGUACCAACUUUUUACGUACUACCUGUUACCAGAUCUGUUUCAUAGUUAUUUGAUCAAUCUCUUUUGUGAACUAUUAUUAUUAUUUCAAAUUAAAUUGCUUUAAACUUUAUGUAUUCUGAAUAUACCUGUUUCGUUUCUCAGAAGUGGUACUUAUUUUCAUCUGCGCGGAACUGUUUUUUUUUUGUAAUGAUUUGAUUCGAAUCUCACCUAUGACGCAACAUAAAGUUUGAAGCAAAAUCGAACCAUUUUUUUUUAAAUUGAAACCCAUUACCUAGAAACGUUCGGGUAACGUUCUACUUGCAAAAAAAAAAAAAGAAUACUCUACUUUGUCUGUGCUUCCUUCCUUGAAGUUAAACUUACACCACUGUUUACUCUUAGUCUUAAUGUUUUUAAUAUUAUUUUAAUAGGCUGAAGCAAGUGAUGAAUGUAAAAUGAAAAAAAAAAUCGUUUUAUUUUAUUUCUUCUACUUGAGUCUGCGUUUUUACGAAAAAAAAAAGCAUCACGAUCAAUCUGUAUUAUUGUUACGAAACAUAACAUUCCUUAGUAGCCUGACCUUUGUUUAUACCUACUUUAAGUUUCUGCGGAAAUAAAAUUCAUUUUCUUUAUUUUAGUUGA